AUGGCGCGCGUUUACGCUAAUGUCAACGAGCAUAUGCCUCGGUCGUACUGGGACUAUGAUAGUGUCAACAUCUCCUGGGGAGUCUUGGAGAACUACGAGGUGGUCCGCAAGAUCGGUCGGGGCAAGUAUUCCGAAGUGUUCGAGGGCAUCAAUGUCGUCAAUUAUCAGAAGUGUGUCAUCAAGGUCCUCAAGCCGGUCAAGAAGAAGAAGAUUAAGCGCGAGAUCAAGAUUCUUCAGAACCUAGCGGGAGGUCCCAAUGUGGUUGCCCUGUUGGAUGUGGUCCGCGAUAGUCAGAGCAAGACCCCAAGCCUGGUGUUCGAAUACGUGAAUAACACCGACUUUCGGACAUUGUAUCCGCGAUUUAGCGACUACGAUGUUCGCUUCUAUGUCUAUGAGCUAUUGAAGGCGCUGGAUUUCUGCCACAGUAAGGGUAUCAUGCAUCGUGACGUGAAGCCCCACAAUGUCAUGAUCGACCAUGAAAAAAGAAAGCUGCGUCUUAUCGACUGGGGUCUUGCCGAAUUCUACCACAAGGGUACCGAGUACAACGUCCGAGUCGCCUCUCGUUACUUUAAGGGCCCCGAGUUACUGGUCGACUUCCAAGAGUACGACUACUCCCUCGACAUGUGGUCUCUGGGGGCCAUGUUCGCGUCCAUGAUCUUCCGCAAGGAGCCCUUCUUCCACGGAAACAGCAAUUCGGACCAGCUGGUUAAAAUUGCUAAGGUUCUGGGGACAGAGGAGCUCUUUGAAUAUUUGGACAAAUACGAAAUUGAGCUUGAUCCCCAGUACGACGAAAUCCUCUCCCGGUUCCCACGCAAAACCUGGCAAUCCUUCGUCAACGCCGACAACCAGCGCUUCGUCAGUGAUGAGGCGAUCGACUUCUUGGACAAGCUUUUGCGAUACGACCAUGCUGAACGACUUACCGCCCAGGAGGCCAUGGCUCACCCUUAUUUUGCUCCCGUUCGGGCAGCAGAGGCACGGAGUGGGAACAAUGUUGCUUCCUGA